AUGUCUGUUCAACCUGAUUCCAAAAUCAGUAACUCCACCUUUCUCCUUACGGGUUUCCCUGGCCUGGAACGGGAAUAUCCUUGGCUCUCCAUUCCUUUCUCCUGUAUCUAUGCUAUGGUACUCUUAGGGAAUUGCCUGGUGCUGCAUGUGAUCCGGACGGAGCCCAGCCUACAUGAGCCCAUGUUCUACUUCCUGGCCAUGUUGGCCCUCACUGACCUGUGCAUGGGGCUGUCCACAGUGCACACAGUGCUUGGGAUCUUGUGGGGCUUGAGCAGGGAAGUCAGCCUGGAUGCCUGCAUUGCCCAAACUUACUUCAUCCAUGGUCUGUCCCUCACAGAGUCUGGAGUCCUUCUUGCCAUGGCCUUUGAUCGCUUUACUGUCAUCUGCAAUCCUCUGAGAUAUACAUCCAUCCUCACCAAUAUGAGAAUCAUCACCAUUGGUGUGGCCAUUUUAGGGAGGAGUUUCCUGUUCAUUACCGCUCCCAUUGUCCGCCUAAAGUUCUUCGAUUACUGCCAUCCUCAUAUCCUCUCCCAUUCCUUCUGCCUGCACCAAGACUUACUUCGGCUUGCCUGCUCCGACAUCCGCUUCAACAGCUUCUAUGCCUUAGCCCUGGUGAUCUGCACACUCUUGUUGGAUUCGGUGCUCAUUCUCAUCUCCUACAUCUCGAUCCUGCAUUCAGUCUUGACUAUUGCAUCCCGGGACGAGCGGCUCAAGUCCUUGAAGACCUGUGUCUCCCACAUCUGUGCUGUUCUGGUUUUCUAUAUCCCAAUUAUUGGUUUGACUAUGGUGCACCGCUUUGGAAAGCACCUCUCUCCUGUGGUCCACGUCCUCAUGGGCAAUAUCUAUAUCCUUUUCCCACCCUUGAUGAACCCUAUCAUCUACAGUGUCAAAACCCAACAAAUACGUAGCAGGAUCCAGAGAUGGUUCACUAAACAAAACUGA